AAAAGAUAUACCCUUUCACAAAGAAAAAAAAUUGGAUAUUACCUUCGAAUAUUCUCCCCCCUCUGCUCCUCCUCUGUUUCUUCUUCCCACCAUAUAACUAUCCCCCUUCCUUCCUUUCUUCCCCCCAUUUCUCCCCUCUUCUUUAAUUGCCUUUCCCAUUUCCUCUCCGGCGAAACAGACUCUGUAACGAUGAAGUUCGGCAAAAGCCUCAGCACCCAGAUCGACGAGACUCUGCCCGAGUGGAGGGACAAGUUCCUCUCCUACAAGGAGCUAAAAAAGAAAUUGAAGCUCAUCGAGCCCAACAACAGGGCCGGCGACGGCCCAGGAGAUAGGCCCGCCAAGCGGCCGAGAAUUGACGGCGGCGUGACCGAGGAGGAGAUCGAUUUCAUCAAGCUUCUGGAGGACGAGCUCGAGAAGUUCAAUUCCUUCUUCGUCGAGAAAGAGGAAGAGUACAUCAUCAGAUUGAAGAUUGACUGGUUGAAGCUUUUCAUCGUGAAUCAGGAGCUGCAAGACUCCGUAGCAAGAGCGAAGGACUCGAACGACGAGAUCAUGAAGAUUCGCAAAGAGAUUGUCGAUUUCCACGGAGAGAUGGUUCUGCUCGAGAACUACAGCGCCCUUAACUACACAGGACUGGCAAAGAUACUGAAGAAGUACGACAAGCGAACCGGGGCACUAAUCCGGCUGCCAUUCAUCCAGAAGGUCCUGCAGGAGCCCUUCUUCACCACUGACUUGCUGAACAAGCUAGUGAAGGAGUGCGAGACGAUGCUCGACCGGCUUUUCCCCGUCAAAUUGGCAGCAUUGGGAGCAUCAAGCCGGGGUAAUUCGAGCGAUGAAGAUGGGGACGAUGCAGGUCCUUCGACUUCAGCAGCUGCUGCUGCUGCAAGCAAUGUUGAGGACGGGGUGCUUAACGUGCUCCCCAAGGAACUGGCGGAGAUCGAGCAGAUGCAGAGCCUGUACAUGAAGAGCUCGAUGUCGGCGCUGAGGAUCCUGAAGGAGAUUCGCAGCAGGAGCUCCACGGUGAGCGUGUUCUCGCUGCCGCCGAUUCAGGUGAGUGGUGGGUUGGAGGAGCCUUGGAACAAAGUUGCCAUCUUGGAGCAAGUGGCCAAGUAGUAGUAAGUGGAACAAGAAGCUGCAGAACAGUUUACAGGAUGUCUUAUGUAAUUUGCUUUGUUCUAAGUUUUUGAUUGUUUGAGUAGCUAUCCAAGUUGUUCAUGCAGAGCUUUUGUGCAUGGAGUUAGAGGAUGAUGGAAAUUAUAUGAUACUAACACAGAAGAGAGAUGUGUAAAGUACUAGAAAGUGAAGGAAUCAAAACCAAUUAUGUCAGUUUAGUUAUAACCAAUAUAUACUAUUUCUUUUGUAUGCAUCAAAUUUGUGCUAAGUUUUGAUUUGACUGUUUAUAGUUGAUUCUGGUAUUGUACUGAGGGUGUCUGCAGAAUGUCUUUUUGCCAGAGUCUAGUUUAUUGGGAGAUGGGUUUGGGAAUGCAAUUUGGAGUUGAUUUCCUUUCUA